AGUUUAAUUUUGAUUGUUGAAUUUUGUAUGAUAGUUUUCCAAACGAUUGCUCUUCAUAAAUUUCAUCAUCAUCUUUCCCUCAGCAAAAAAAGUGACAACUAACCAACAAUUUAAAUAUUCUAUUUUUGAUACUAAUUUGGAUGAAUAACAACAGAGUAUGAUGUGAAAAUAAUGCAUCUAAGACAAAGCAGUCAUACAAAUUGUCGUCGUAAAAUGAUUUCAACGAUAACAGUUGUUUAUAAAAAAACGUCCCGAAGAACUAUUGAAGACUUUGCAACUUUGAAUGGAUGAAAAUGAGUCAAUGUGACGUGACAGUGGAUGAAAUAAAAAAGCCGCUAUAUACAUAUACAACGAGAACAGGCAAAAUAUACACAGACAAACAGGAAUUGAGUCGCAAAACCGGAUCGCGUGCAUAUAUUGCAUAUUACGUAUGAGUCAUACGGUCUACGGUAUAUGACAGAUACCUAAACAACUACAAAUAGCACUCUGCGCUUGUAUUCGUAUAGCAGCAAUCACAGUAUACUUUGAAGUUUCUUUCGUUCUCUUGCGAAUUUCAUCAUAUCGAGUGCAGUUUUCAAAGCGAACAGUUCAUAGAGUUUCAAUAAACCGAAGAAGAGUUUUUUUUUGAAAAUAAAAUAAUUACACUAAGAUUGAAGUUGACUAAAUAGUCAUAUAAUCAAGUUCAGAAAACACAGAUAUUUAUAUAUAUAAUUCAGUGGAAUAUCCUGAAGUGAAACCAUAAAACCUUAACACGCAAUACGAUGGGGAGAAAAAGCAAAAAAAAUGAUAAAAAUAUUUCGAAAGAGUCAAAACCGACUCCAAAGGCCAUGGACAGUUCAGCAACUGCAAGUCACGGCUCUGGUCAAUCCCAACAACCAAUUCGACCAACACCACAGCAAGGUGAAGCACCGAUGGCUGCAAGUCGAGCAGUUGAAAAUCUGCAACCAAGGCAAGUAGAUGAGUGGAAAUCUAGUCAAAGAUCAGAACAAUGGCCGCAAUUAGAGCGGUCACAAGGAAGUCGUUCUGAAAUGCCGGGUGACCGUCAACCACAAGCGCAACAACAACAUCAGCGUUAUGAGCAGCACCGCCCACCGCAUCAACAGCAAGGUGCAAGGCAGCAAGGUCGUAAGCCGCAGCAAUCACAACCACAAAAAGGACAAGGAUCACAGAAUCAGGGACAACUGCCACGACCGAAAGAGCCCCAAAGGCAAGAGGGCGCCUGGUCUCUGCCACCACGUAAUCAACGACCACAACGUGGAUCCACGCAACCAAUUCAAUCAAAGAAACCACAAGCUGCUUCAAGUACUGCCAAAACGCAACAAAAGCGCCGUGAACCAUUGACGAUGGAAGAUGUGAAGAAACAAGGUGCCGAAGAGCUUCAAAUCGAAUAUAAAGGUCACGGCACAAGAGGCCAAAAACUUGGCAAAAUUGAAACAAAUUACGUUCGAUUGUCAAUCAAUCGAAUAGUUGAGAACAUUUAUCACUACGAUGUAUCGUUUGAGCCAGAAAGGCCGAAGAAAUUCCUCGCGAAAGCUUUCAAAGAAUUUGUUAAGAUAAAUUACCCGGGACAGAAUGUUUUCGUUGCUUUCGAUGGCGCCAAAAAUGCUUACGCUUCCCAACAACUCGAAAUCACCGAUUUGCAGCAGAAUGUCACAAUAAUUCAUCCUGACACGAGCAGAGAACUGAAUUUCAGAGUGACCAUUCAGGAAGCAAAAAACAGCCAGAUUCCAUUUGAGCAAGUUUUCAGAAAUUAUACAAACCCAGAGGUUGAUCCAAAACGUGCGUUACAAGGCUUGGAAGUUAUUUUGAAGGCUGCAUUCCAUGAGGAACGUGUGAAUCGCGGUCUCAUUGGUGGCCGCUCAUUUUUUGUACCACCUGAUAUGCUUGCCACGUUAAAAGGCAAAGAUCUAUAUUUAGGUGAUGGCUGCGAGCUGUGGUUAGGUCUUUUUCAAGCAGUUGUACUUGGCGAUGAACUCUUCUUGAAUGUUGACGUCAGCCACAAAGCAUUUCCGAAACGUUACAACAGCUUGUUCGACUUGUUGAAAGAUCUAGAAAGAGAUCUGCGAUUGAGAGAUCGCAUUGACCUGAACAGACCAUUAGACGACAAAGUUUUAAGGGCAUUGCAAAGACAACUGUCUGGAUUGGACGUGUGCUACACUCGGCCUGGCAGCGGCACUAUAACCAUUCGAAAAUUUGUACGUGUCGGUGAAAAGCCAAGCAACCAUCGUUUCAUGCUUGGGAAUGAACAAACUACGGUUUUGAAUUACUUCAGAGAACGGGGUAUGAAAAUUGAUUACCUAGAGAUGCCAUGCCUUGAAAUAGGUAGCAGAGACGAUCCGAUAGCAGUGCCAAUGGAGUUCUGUUCCAUAUCUAAUGCUCAGGUAAUCAAUAAAAAGUGCACCGAGAACCAAACACGAAGUAUCAUUCGCCAUUCUGCAACAAGUACAGAUGAAAGGAAAAAGCGAAUUAUGGAUGUUUUCAAUGUAGUGAAUCAUAAUAAUUCUCAAGCUAUUAAAAAUUUUGGAGUUGAUGUCGGUAAAGAGUUCAUUCAAGUGCCAGCCAGAAAAUUGGAAGCACCAACCAUUCAGUAUAAAAAUACUACAGUCAAACCAAAGAAUGGUGUAUGGAAUCCAGUUAACAUGGAAUUUUUAAUGUCUGAGCCAACAUCGAAAACCGGUCUUGAAUGGGGUAUUUUAAAUGCAGAUAACUGGACCGAACGCCGCGCGAUAUUGGAAUUGUGUGAUAAGUUACACGAAAUCAGCAAAUCGAAUGGAGUAAAUUUGGCACCACAACCCUCAUAUUUCGAAUCAUUGAUUUCUAGGGGGGAAAAAUAUGUUCCAGAUUACAAAUUGGAACAAAGAAUCCGAGAACAGUUCGACCUGCUGGGCAAUAGAGAUGAAAUCAAAAUCCUCUUCUGCAUCAUACCGGACAAUGGCCAAAUUUAUGGUAAAAUAAAGAAGGUGGCGGAAAUCGACUGUGGCGUAUUGACUCAAUGCAUCAAAGCCAGAACUGUCAAGGAUAGACGAACUGACCCAAGCACAUUGUCCAAUAUCAUGCUGAAGGUCAACGUUAAAUUGAAUGGCACAAACCAUAAAUUGGAAACAUGUCCAAUUUUGACGAAUGCAAAAUGUAUGUUCGUCGGUGCCGAUGUCACUCAUCCAUCCCCGGAUCAGAAGACAAUUCCAAGUGUGGUCGGUGUUGCUGCAUCCUACGAUGUAAAUGCAUUUCGGUACGCAUUUUACUGGCGUCUUCAAGAACCACGCGUUGAAAUUAUAAAAGAUUUCAAAGAAGUGAUCAGUGAACAUCUGAAAAUGUACAAGAGAACAAACAAUAUGCUUCCUGACGAGAUUUUCUAUUAUCGAGAUGGCGUUUCCGAAGGUCAAUUUGAUCAAGUGAUGGCUAUCGAAACAAAUGCCAUGGUUAAAGCUUGUCAAGAAAUUGAGCAAGGAUAUGAGAAGCGUGUGAAAAUGACGGUUGUCGUUGUUCAAAAGCGGCAUCACACUCGAUUCUUCCCGGGUAAGACUGGCGUCGGAAAAGAUGACCGAAAAAAUAACAACGUGCCAGCUGGAACGAUUGUCGAUACGGUCAUCACACGGCCCAACGAAAAUCAUUUCUAUUUGGUGUCUCAUCAAUCAAUUCAAGGUGUGGCCAAGCCAACCAAAUAUUGUAUCUUGCUGGAUGAAGGAGACCACUCAAUUGAUGAUCUACAGUGCCUAACAUACAACCUCUGCCACUUGUUCGCCCGAUGCAAUCGCACUGUUUCAUAUCCAGCACCAACUUAUUGCGCUCAUCUAAUCGCUUUUCGUGCUCGUAAAUACAUUGAAAGCGACAGAUUUAAUUUCAAUAACUUGGACAAAGAAUGGGGCGCAAGAGCACUAAAAGAGAAGAUCAUCAAAGGACACCCAAGUUUUUUUUAUUGAACAAAUGAAGUAUGGCCUUGGAUAGACCGAAAUUUCUUCUAUCAAACAUUUGGUCGCUGAAUUUAUUUUUUAAUCCAUUUUAACUAACCAUCAAUAUUUUAUUUUAUCUUUCGACAUCUAUAUACUUGGCAUGACAGGUUUUACGAUUUUGUCUUAUAUAUCUUAUUUUAUCCGAACUUGUAACGUUUGCGUUUUACGAAAAUACUAACACUUAUAUUAUAUUAUCAAUUUUAAUCUGGUGAUGGGGAAAUAUAUUCAAUAAUCAUGGGAGAAAAAACGAAAAAUGUAAAAAAAAAGUUUUGAAUACAUAAAUAAAAUAAAAAUCAUUGCAAGCUACAUAUAGCUUGUAAUUAGGGUGAAGGGAA